AUGAGUACAACACCAUCCUCACCGCAACUAUCCUCAUCUUCUCUGGAAGACGCGAUGGCAGCUAUAUUCGACGACCACCCGUCACUGUCGGCAUCACUAGAGGACUUUGACGCUUCCAUCGCGCGAUCGCCUGUACCAGAUAUGCCCUCUCAACAUUCCGGGUUCAGAUCAGAGGAUUCAGACGAUGGCCGGGCGAAUAGUCCUCAAGGUCGCUGGUCGCCGCCCGCUUUGAGACAACCCGGUGACUUACUAAAUGGAAGUCAUUGGUAUCGCCAUUCGCCUUACGGUAGAUUAUAUAUGAGACCUACUCUUCAAGCACGCAGCGCAUCGCAAUCGCGCGAGCCGACUCCUCAAUAUGAGGAUGCAUAUGAGGAACCGUAUCCACCAUCACCAUCACCACGACCACGAAAGAGCGCAGUCGAUUUACCUGAUAUCGCGCUUGCAGCCAGUGUGCCUCUACCGCCAGGCACGGAUUCCCCACUCAAAGGACGAUCGGUAUCUCCUGAGCCACAACCAGAUGAGCCACAUUCGAAUUAUGUCCGUUUUAGAGUAUCUGCCGAGGUGGCCCAACGAGAACCGAUACAAGCUGUUUGGAAUGCAAUCCGCCUUCCAUUCGAUCGACUGUUCAAAACCAAACUCAGCACGUUUACAACCAUCCUCAUUGGACUCAUGGGAAUGAUUUUCAUGCGCUCGUUAUCUAUACCCCCAACUACGCCGACAGUGCCUAAUCUGAUGAAACUAUGUGCCUUUGCGCGAAACUUCGAGCCAUUGAUCCAUUACUCCGAAAAUGGAAUACAGCAUAUCAACAAUCUACAAGAGACGGGGAUUGCGGUGUGGGACUUGGGAGAAUCUGUGCGCGGGAGUAAUAUGACAAGUGCGCCUAUUAUAGUCACUCAACUAGACGAAUUGUCCGAUUCACUAAAGACUCUAUCCCUGGAAUUGACUCGAUUCUUUUCCAAUGUCGACUCGGACAUUGACUCGAUCUUGCUGGUCAUGGACUGGGUCCGCCGAGAACUUACGGUGAUCAACUCACAGCCGCCGAGUAGUCUACCCAGCGUCAUGAUCGACAACAUCCACAACAUGAUAUCUCAAUUUGUCAACUUGGAGCAUGGGGCCGCAACAACUGUCGACAGUGACGGGUCGUCCUCGGACACCUCGAGCAGCUACAUAGCCGGUUAUCCGACCAUCAUAGGAGCGGUGGUUACGACUGUGCUCGGCCCAACAUCCGCCCAUCGCACGCGCACAGCCCUAAUGCGAACCUUUACCGAAUUUCUAAACGUGCUCGAAGAGUCUAUUAAUAGCGAACUAACGCACUCCAACGCCCUGGUGGCACUCUUCGAGUCAAUCGACCGUCAAUUCUUCAACUUACAGCGAGUCGUCGUCCGAGAAUCCGACACCCAAGAACGCGAAGAAGGCGAAAUGCUCAGUUCACUCUGGACACGCGUGCUAGGCCCCAACGCAGCCCUAGUCCGCAAAUACGAAAAGAAUCGAAAACUACUCGCGGACGUCCGUAAGCGCACAGUAAACAACAAGCACCAACUGAUGGAUCACCAAGCGCGCCUGCUCAAUCUAAAAGUCAACCUCGAAACCCUACGCCGGAAACUGGUUAGCCCCCUCGUGCGAAAGAGGAAUGAUUCCUCCAUAUCGAUUGGCGGCGCCAUCGACGCGACGAAUAGUGUCCUGGGCGCAAUCGGGGAUCAGAUUGAAGGUGUUGAGGAUACGUAUGCAUAUCUUCGGGGCGUGCGCGAGACGCAAAAGGCGAAGUAUAUGAAUAUGGUAUUUGGGGCCAGCCGGAUUACGGACCGAUAUCUGGAACUUGAGGAGACCACUGGUGACUAA